UCCCCCCGAUUUGAAGGGGAAGAAGGGGCCGGGCCACCCCGCUCUCCGCCCCGGGAGGGGUGAGAGCCGCUCCGCUCCCUGCCUGGGGCUAGGCGGAGCAGGGGCCGGGGUGCCCGGGCCGGCCCUUCUCCGAGAGCUGUCGUCUGUGAGGCGCCGGCGGGACAUCUCCCUCCAGCGCCGGGUGGUGGCACAGCCCCGCCGGGCAGGGCAGAGCCGGGCCGGGCGGCGGGUGGAACCCCCCUUCUCCCUUCCUCCUCCUCCUUCUUCUCCUCCUCCUCUUCCUCCUCCUCCUGUUAACUUGGCCGCGGCGGCGCGGGGCGGUGCGCUUCGCCCUCCGCCGGCUGCGGGGGAUGCGCGGGAGGCGGCGGGAUGGCCUCGGCCGUGUUUGAAGGCACCUCGCUGGUGAACAUGUACGUGCGGGGCUGCUGGGUGAACGGCAUCAGGCGGCUCAUCAUCAGCCGGCGGGGCGACGAGGAGGAGUUUUACGAGAUCCGUACCGAGUGGUCGGACCGCAACAUCCUCUACCUGCACCGCAGCUACUCCGACCUCGGCCGCCUCUUCAAGCGGCUCCUUGACUCCUUCCCCGAGGACCGGCCCGAGCUGUCCCGAUCCCCCUUGCUCCAAGGGCUCAUCACAAUAAAAGAAGCCCAUGAUAUAGAAGCCAGACUUAAUGAGGUGGAAAAGCUUUUGAAGACUAUUAUAAACAUGCCAUGGAAGUAUUCAAGAUCUGAAGUUGUCCUCACAUUCUUUGAGAGAUCUCCUUUGGACCAAGUUCUAAAAAAUGACAACGUCCAUAAAAUUCAGCCAAGCUUUCAAAGUCCAGUUAAAAUAUCAGAAAUCAUGCGAUCAAAUGGAUUUUGUUUAGCCAACACUGAAACAAUAGUCAUUGACCACAGUAUACCCAAUGGAAAAGAGAAGCACCUGGAUGUAGAUUCAGCAGAACACUUGUUCGAAAGUGUUAGUGACUUUACCUCAGAGCUAGAAGACAGUGAUGAUCCAACAGCUUAUGUCACCAAUCUGACAUACUACCACCUGGUCCCAUUCGAGACUGAUAUUCUGGACUGAAGGCUGCUUAGUGAUGCAGUCAGCCAGCAUCCAGCCGACCUCUUUGUCCAUAGGCUCUGCUAUCACCGGUGUUGCAUCUCUGUGAAUAUGGCUGUGCAGGCAGGACCAAUAGCAGAGAAGCUACAUCAAGUGCACUACAAAGCCCUCUGUUGUGUGUGAUGGAGACAUCUUGUAAGGAGGUAACUGCUUUGCUGUUGACAACAAACUCAUUUUAUGUGAAACCAAGACAACAGAGGCCUCUUGGAGCUCAAGGAAAUCUCUGCUAUGUCUGUGGGAAUUGCCACUCUGGCACAGCCAUUAGAAACUUGUGCUGUAGUAUGCUGUCACCCACGCUGCUUGGGUUGCAGUGCAAGUUGAGACUUCCUCUUUUAGGAUACCACGAGAAACUUCCCCAGAUGGCAUCACCACUCUUUUUAUGCUAUGUAAGCAAGAAGGCAAGCAAACCAGCUGAAUUUUGUCAGUUCCCUCUGCAGUUGCUUAAUGGAGGUCUUGUGGGUCACUUUUUGCUCAGCUACCGGAGGACUGGUGCCUUACAUGAGAUGUCAGGAAUACCAUUGAGUGCCUAGAGGAAACAGAACACGAGUUGACUGCUUUACUUCUUUUAAUCAUGGGAUUUUAUAGAAUUACUGAAGAAGCAACUACUCUUUCCUGGAAUAGUAAAGCAGACAGCAGCUGGCAUUGCAAUGGACUGUGCAUGAUUUUGGGGUACCUGUAUGAUUUCAGAGAUCUGGAAAGCUGAUGGGAAAGCUGAGCUGCCCUGCUAAAAAGGGUCAGGGCUAUGGCAGGCACUUGGAUAUGAUUUUUUUCAUGUGGACUAGCAAAUGUGAAUGGUGCUUACAGUUGUUUACAUCAGAGAGAGAAUUCCUCAUGCAUAUUUCUUCCCAGAGGAUGGGUAGAAAGGUAAUGAGAUUUAUGUUGUGUUCGGACUGAAAAAGAAUGGCAAGCUACGGUGUUUCUACAGCGGUAGAAAAAGCAUUCUCUCUGCUGCCAGCCUGGCUCAAGGAGCCUGUCUAGCUUUUCAACAUCUGCCCGUGUGGCUGGGAGCAGCCGUCAUUGUCAUGUAAUGCCAUGGAUUUUAGUGGAGGCAGGACAGUGGAAGCAAGAGCAGGAUUGGACCCUGCAGCCUCUUGACUACUGAGUAGUUGCAAUGUUGAAAUCUCCUCGGGGUGUCUCUCAUGAAGCACUCUGAAAUCCCAGCUCUCACUGUGAGUGCUCAACAUAAACGUGACCUUUCACUGAGUUUUUCGCAAUCUGUUUGCAAACAUGAAUUAGGAUGGAUCAAAAUGGGAAGGAAUGCAUUUUGAACUUGUUUCUUGGUAAAAGGGCUUGCUUGGUCCUGAAGAAGUUGAUACAUCUCCCUUCUGCAGACUUUCUAUCUAUAGCAUAACAGUCAAACAGAAUUUGCUAAUGUAAAUAAUAAAUUAUUGAGAAUCCUAAUUCUUUUACACAGUAUGUUUUAAAAAUAUAUUUUAAUGAAAUAAAAUAUAGCUCACCUUCAGUACA